UUAAAAAAACCCAAAACAGCCGUGCCCCAUUUCUUCCCCACCCUGGCAGAUCCUAACUCCCGCAACCGCUGAGACGUCGGGAACACUCCCUACCUCGCGCUUCACGCCCUGGAGGCUUAAGUCAGAGAGGCGGAAAGGGGCGGAGCCAGCGGCGCGGGGGCGGGGCCUAAGGUGGUCAAGGCGGAGGCGGCGGCGGCAGAGGCCACGGCCACGACCCAGACAUCUGGGACUGUUGUUCUCUCGCUGUGGGACCGCCUCAGUGUAUUCCUCCAGAGAGAGACCAGGAGCUGGUCUGGUGGGGAGCGGGCGGCCGCAUAUUCCCUUUCUCCUGCUUCCGGCACACACAUCCUGCGGUCGGUCUCUGAUGCCCUUCAGUGAGGAAGGGGCAUCGGGACCCUGGUGAGAGCACCUCAGGCCCUCCCAAAUCGGUGUCUUCGUCGGCUCCCCAGGCUCGCACACCCCAGCCUGGCUGCCAUGGCUGAAAACGCAGAAGGGGAUUUGAACUCCAACCUGCUCCACGCCCCCUACCACACCGGGGACCCUCAGCUAGACACGGCCAUCGGGCAGUGGCUCCGCUGGGAUAAGAAUCCCAAAACAAAAGAACAAAUUGAAAAUCUGUUACGGAAUGGAAUGAACAAGGAAUUGCGAGAUCGUCUUUGUUGCCGAAUGACUUUUGGGACUGCAGGACUUCGCUCUGCUAUGGGGGCAGGAUUUUGCUAUAUUAAUGACCUUACAGUAAUACAAUCAACACAGGGGAUGUACAAAUACCUUGAGAGCUGCUUCUCAGACUUCAAGCAGAGAGGCUUUGUCGUUGGGUAUGAUACCCGGGGCCAAGUAACUAGCAGCUGUAGCAGCCAGAGGCUUGCUAAACUCACUGCUGCAGUCUUACUGGCCAAAGAUGUUCCUGUGUACCUCUUUUCAAGAUAUGUUCCUACACCUUUUGUACCAUAUGCAGUCCAGGAGCUCAAAGCAGUUGCAGGUGUAAUGAUUACUGCAUCUCACAACCGCAAAGAAGACAAUGGAUACAAGGUUUAUUGGGAAACGGGUGCUCAAAUCACAUCUCCUCAUGAUAAAGAAAUCCUGAAAUGUAUAGAAGAAUGUGUGGAACCCUGGAAUGGUUCCUGGAAUGAUAAUUUAGUGGAUACCAGCCCACUGAAGAGAGAUCCUCUGCAGGACAUUUGCAGGAGAUACAUGGAAGAUCUGAAAAAGAUCUGUUUUCACAGGGAAUUAAACUCAAAGACCACCUUGAAAUUUGUACACACGUCUUUUCAUGGGGUCGGACAUGACUAUGUGCAGUUGGCUUUUCAAGUGUUUGGUUUUAAGCCUCCAAUUCCAGUACCAGAACAAAAAGAUCCUGAUCCAGACUUUUCUACUGUUAAAUGCCCAAAUCCUGAAGAAGGAGAAUCUGUGCUGGAGCUUUCAUUGAGACUGGCAGAGAAAGAAAAUGCCCGGAUAGUGCUAGCCACAGAUCCUGACGCAGACCGGCUGGCAGUGGCAGAGCUUCAGGAAAAUGGUCAUUGGAAAGUUUUCACAGGGAAUGAGUUGGCAGCUCUGUUUGGGUGGUGGAUGUUUGAUUGCUGGAAGAAAAGUAAAUCAAGAAAUGCAGAUGUGAAGAACAUUUAUAUGUUAGCCACCACAGUCUCUUCUAAAAUUUUGAAGGCAAUUGCACUUAAAGAAGGAUUUCAUUUUGAAGAAACAUUACCAGGUUUUAAAUGGAUUGGAAGUAGGAUAAAAGACCUCCUGGAAAAUGGGAAAGAAGUCCUUUUUGCAUUUGAAGAGUCUAUUGGUUUUCUGUGCGGGACUUCUGUUUUGGAUAAAGAUGGAGUGAGUGCAGCUGUUGUUGUUGCUGAGAUGGCAUCUUACCUGGACACGAUGAAUAUAACAUUGAAACAGCAACUGAUUAAGGUUUAUGAAAAAUAUGGUUAUCAUAUUUCAAAGACUUCAUAUUUCUUGUGUUAUGAUCCAAGUACCAUCAAAAGUAUAUUUGAAAGGCUUCGCAAUUUUGAUUCUCCAAAAGAAUAUCCGAAAUUCUGUGGGACAUUUGCUAUAUUGCACAUACGAGAUGUUACCACUGGAUAUGACAGCAGCCAGCCUAAUAAGAAAUCAGUGCUGCCUGUGAGUAAAAACAGCCAAAUGAUUACAUUUACUUUUCAAAAUGGAUGUGUUGCUACUCUUCGGACAAGCGGGACAGAACCAAAGAUAAAGUAUUAUGCAGAGAUGUGUGCAUCACCUGACCAGAGUGACACUGCCGUACUAGAAGAGGAAUUGAAGAAACUCAUUGAAGCUUUGAUUGAGAAUUUUCUUGAGCCCAGUAAAAAUGGACUGACCUGGCGUUCUGUUUAGCAGACACCAGUACAUCAUUGCUUUGUGCUGGCAUAUGGAACAGGACAACCAGCAACACCACGCAUUGACCUCGUGUUAGCAUUCUCUCUCUAUCUCAUCUGGCCAAGUAUCUUUUUCCUUUUAUUCUCUUUCGUUGUAGUUGGCUGACUAAACAAACUGUAUAAAUUUGAAAUGAAAUGGUCUGGAGAGAGAUGCUUCAAAUUUUUUCGUAAUCUUGAACAAAAGUCAUUACAUUAAAAGUUGUUAGUGUAACAUCAUUCUUCCUUAACAGAAACAAAACAGUGCAAAAGUGUGUUUUCUUAUUAAAGUGUGCAUAAGCUUAGUUCCGUAUUCUUGUAAUUGUGUAUAGCAUGGUUUUUUUAAAAAGGCAGAUAAAUGUUAUCUAAUUGUAGAGUUAGUUAAGGAAGUUAAUCCAUAAAACUGGCAGGAAAACAGCACUGCUCUCAGAAUAUUGUGGAAAAGUGUCAUUGUUACAUCACAGGUAUUAACUUACAAGUUAGAGUAUUUGAGAUAGGAUAUUUAGCAUUUCUAGUUUAGAACAGAUGUUAUAAUAUGUGAUUUCCAGUUCUUCUGAACCAUUAAAACAUGGUUCAGGUGCUCUUGGUGCCGUGGAAAUUUAUUGUAUGUAUUUAAAAUUCCGACGUUUACUGAACAUGAAACAAUAGUGGCAAUGCUCCUAGUGACUUUGUUCUUGUCAAAUUUCUGAGUGCCUUCUCAGGGUACGGUAUGAAUCGAAACCGUGUUUCUGUAUCAAAUAUAAUUUAAGCAGUUCAUUUUCAAAGAGUUAAGGAAAACCUCCCAAACUAUAUAGGUGCUUCCCCUCUGUAUUAAAUAGGUUUGCUGACUUUAAAAUCUUAUGAAUGUAAAUAAAAAUCUUAAUAAAAGCAGCUCAAUGUAACUGUAGUUAAGGAUCUUCAUGUUAGAAUUAAGUGUCAGGUAUCACAGCCUUUAAGAAAAAAAUCUGAACUGAAAAAAGAGCUGUGAAUUUCUUUAAAAGUCUAACUGUUGAAUUACAUUUUUACAAGUAGAUUUAUUCCUUUAUCAGGUAAAGUAAUACUAAUUUUACUAAGAAAUAAAACAUUCAGAUUUUAGGUGUUGUGAAACACUAAAACUAAAGCCCAGUUUAUCUUAACAUCUUGCUGGCUUCUAUAGAAUUUCUGAUGACAAGAUUAUUCUAUCUUUUCUAAUGUGGGGAGGGGGGGAAUUGGAAGGUCAGUUGGGUUGAUUCUGCAGUCUUCUAAAAAAGACAAUGGAGGAGGUCUGUUUAAUCUUCUUAAAGUGUGUCCUGUCAUCUAUAGCUACAUAAUACUUAAACACAUGAGGUAUAGUUAUAUGAGGUAACAAUAACAAGGCCUUAGGUGCAAUCAUACUCAUCAAAUGGAGAUAACUGGCAUUAGAGAAUUUGUUUCCUAAAAGAAAAUAAUAAUAAUAAUAAUAUAAAAUUUGAACUGAUUAGGAUAUGAAAUCACGGUUUGUUGCAGCUAUCAGCUAAAAUUUGAUUGAACCCAUAUAAUCAAAACACAAUUUUUAAAUUAUUGUAUUGCCACUAUUGUUAAUUUGUUUCUUCCUUUCUUAUAGCUGGAACUUGUAUGACUGUAGAUAAUAGCUAUCUAAAUGUAGAGCACCAUAUUUCUAGACGAGUUUGUCUUCAAAGACUUUGCACUGAUGAAGAAUUGUGUAGAAUUUUUUGCUUUAUUUGCUUUUAGGAAUGUAGACUGUAAUUUAGGAAAUGGCAUAUAUUCUACAAAGUGUAUGAACAGUGCUAUAUAUAUAUAUGAAAAAUAUGUAUAUUUGGUUUUAGUAUCUGUGUUUCAUUGACUGAAGAACAAGGGGAGCUAAAAUGAUGCAAUAGCCCAUUCAUAAUCCCUAAAGCCACGUUAUGAUUGUCAUUCUGUCAUAAAGAGAACAGUUUUAUUGGCGUGCUUUAGUACAAUGCAACAUUUAAGUUAUCUUAAUCAAGGUGAAAAGUUAUUAAAGCUUGGAUUCUUAUCUCAAAAAUUUGUAAAUCUGAAGUUAAAAUUAACAAAAUUUUACAAACGUUCCCAAAGUAUAUAGACAGAGAAUCAUUUGAUUCUAGCCAAGCUCUCAAGUCUGUCGGAGUGUGAUAUUUAACAUGAACUUGACAUAGCAGGUGUACACUUGUGGAACAGGAUGAGUUCAGUAGCCCAAGUCAACUUGAGAGACAGAUGGCUGGCCAAUACGUCUCAGCCUGGGGCUCUGCAUUGUUUAUCUUUUUAUUUAUGAACAAUAGCAUGGAAAUGACUAUACCCUCACUGAGCGUGCAGAUCAAAACUGUGAUUUUCUAGAGCUUUGGGGACAAGGAAGAAUUAGUGGGACAAGAUCAAAGCUUAGGUUGGAAAUAAACAGUAGAAAUAAGCAAUAGAAAGGUCAUUAAGAAGGGCUGGCAUAGUGGCUCAGUUGGUUAAGAGCUUGCUCAACAGUGUGAGCUCUGAGAGACAGUGGUUCGAUGCCCGGCUCCAGCUGAGCUGCCACUGAGCUGCCAACAGGUGGCAGGAUGGAUCAGCUAAAAAAAAAAAGGUCAUUAAGGUGUCACAGGAAAUGCUUCUUGUGAAGGGCAAACUUAUCACCCUAAAAAUAGGGAAUAAACUGACUGUGGGCAAGUUUUACUUGUGUUUAUUUGUUGUUAUGAUGAGCGAAUAGUGAACCUUUUGUUUUUCUUUAUUAGUGACUGCUAAUGAGGCCAAGUUUUAGAAGGUGAGAAAAAGAGCCCCUUUCACUGAUUCAGUUCCUGCAAGGAUGUUGUGUCUUAGGAUCACAUGGGAACUGGGGAGGGGAUCUAGCAGAAAUAAAAAAGGAAUUGCAUGCAGAUUGGAGAAUAAGACCUCUGAGAAGAAGUCCAAAGAAUUAAGAUCAUUUAACUCUGGAGAGGAGAAAGCUGUUGAAAUAGUUUAAUAAAUCUUAAGUUAUAAAGUCUUUUAAUCAAAGGACUCAAAGUAAGAAGUAAUAUGACAAACUGUUCUCUAUCCAUAGCAAGGACAAAAUAAGAGAAUAAGGAUCUUAAACAAACAAACAAACCCAUGAAAAGUGUAAGUUAAGAUUUAUAACGUUGGGCAGGAAUCAUUAUGAAGGCUUCUAUUUGAGGUUUUUUUAUUUUUACUCUUUAAAAACUUUAAUAUUAAGGGAUAUACUGAAUGGUUUUUACAGGUUCUUUCCAAAUCUUUUUUUUAAACUCAGGUUGGAACAAAGAUGUCAUAAAGAGCACAGAAAGUAACAUUUGAAUUUCACUCCACAUCUAGAAGAAUUUAGCUCACACGAUAGGUUUUGUAUGUUGAGCAGUAGAUGCAUGAGCACAGUGAAUAAAGACCUGGUUAGAUGUUAUUUUUAAUUUAACCUGACAAAUUAAGUGAGACUUGAACACAAUUUUGUUCAUCUUGAAGAACGUAUAGCAUUAUAGGCUAUUUGAGAGGUUUGUUUGAAAUAUGAAGUAUUGUUGUUUGGAUGUAGUAACUUCAGCAGACAGAGAGGUUCUAAGAGAUUGGAUACUGUGGAAUAUCUUUACACAGGAAAUAGAACUGUUUUUUAAGCAGAUUGCUUCUGGAGUUGAUGCAACAAAGAUAUUAGCUGAAGUUUAAAGGAAAAAUUGUUCUGUGAACUGCUGCUAUUGGUAUUUCUUUCAGAUCUUUUCCAUUGUUGUUCGUGAUGCUUGAAAAAUCCAAAUUCUGCUUGGAUACAUUUAAUUUUAUGCCUUUUUAUCCCUACCUCCCUCUUUCCCCACAUUUCAUUACUGUGAUAUGCUAUUGCCCUAUUACCUCACUGAUAAGAAAUCUUAACUGUAUCUUUCAGAAUGCUUUAAACUUGUUCUUAAACUAAGUUGGUUUAUGGACUUUUGGUUAUUUUGUUAUUGUGAGAAUAUUUAAGACAUUGUAAGAAGUAAUUUGAAAUCUAUUUCAUAACUUUUUUGGGUCUGUUUGGAUACUGUAUGUUAAUUUAUUAUGGCCUUUUACAAUUCACUUGUUUUCUGAGAUUGCUCUGGAAACUGAUGAGGAAAGAAUCAUACUAACCAAAAUGAAUGGUCAACUGAUCUAGCAUUUUAUUUUCAGUUUCCUUGUACUUUGGGCAUCCAAAGCACAAGAUUUGAGGAAAUAUUUUUUUCGUAUCUGCCCCUCAAAGCAUCUUGACAUAAGCCAUAAGGAGUCUAGGUAGAAAGAAGAGAAUCUCCCCUUGCCUGACUCUAUGCCUCAUGACUUUAGUUCUAGUUGGAAACGAAGUUAUCAUUGACCAUUGCUUACUUUAAAAUAUUCAUCAUACUGUUAUAUUCAUGAUGCCAUCUUUUCUCUUUAUUCAUUAAAGACUAUGUACUUAAAAAAGAGGACAUACAAGAAAGAGUAAGGAUACCAAGAUAAGGGCAGAGUGACAGAGCUAAAGUUUGCUUCUCAGAUUUUCCCACCAGCAUGACCCUAAAGCAGAAGAGCGUGAGUGUGUAGGGGAAGGGGCCUCAGAGCCAAGUCAGAAGCAGACUUACAUUCAUCAAAUUUUGUGUUCUGUCUUUAAAAUGUAAGUGGAUUUUGCAUAAUAAAACUUUUAACAUAAAAAUGAUUCCUUCCAUCUUCACCGAAACUAGUGUUGCCUGAAAGGAGAACUGUGUAUCACAUGGCCUCUCCGUGCUCUCCCGCAGUGCCCCUACAAUCGCUGCAUACCCCGGGGGGUACACACCUGGGCUAGUGUGAGAAACCUGAACAGAAUGUAUCUAGGACAUUCCCUGCCCUUUAGAAGCUGACCUUUGAGAGUAUUAAUGCCAAGUUAAACUGACCUGAAAGUUAUGUUACCACUGAAAUUUAUAAUGUAGUGAAAGGUGUUGGCCAGUUUGUUCAUUUAAUUUAUUGGCAUUCCUUGACUGAGCAGGAGCACCCAGCUAUCAGCUCCCUGAGAGCAGGGAUCAUGGUUUAUUAUUUUUCAUAUCCAUACCACCUAGUAUAGUACCUGUUAUAAAAUGCUUAAUUGGUGAUGAUAGUAAUGAAGUGAUUUUAUUUUACAGAAACAGCUAGUUUAAGAAAGAAAAAAUAUUAAUGUUCUAAUUCAGCUUCUAAAACAAUACCCAUUACUGAAAUUUAUAAUAAGUCAUGCUCUUUAAGGAGGCACACCCUUACAUAUUCCAUUUCUUUGGAGAAAGUAAAGCAUAUUCCUAUUUGGAAAUUGUGUGUAACAUCUAGUAUGUUACACUCAAAGCAAGGUAUUGGCCAAGAAAGCUAAGAAAGUGUCCGGUAGACUCAUCACUAGUAAAAGGGCCAUUUUGAGCCUACUAGUGCUACUUUCCAAGUGAGUCACAACUAAUUUGAUACUAUUUGGUAUAUUUUUGUUUAGUGUUAUGAUUCAGCAUAUAUCUGACAAGAGCCACACAAGCAGAAGUCUGCAUCCAUGUAUGGUGAGGUCUUCUUGUUACAGGCUAAAAUAAACUCUUUGUCUACAUCAUGAAUAUUCCAGAUAAAAUAUAUGCAGUUAACAAGGAAUUAUUUUUCUGACUGUGUAGCAGUAGUUCAAAAUUGUGCCCUUGUUUUAACGGUUUCUGUCAACAUCUUCCCAUUUUUUUCCCUACAAAAACACCAGGGUGUAUCAUAAGUACUGCCUGUGAGAAUUUACACUUUAAAUAUUUAUGUGUGGAUUUCUUGCGGUUUUAGUCAAAUGAAGUGUUAUCAGUAAUAAACAGAUCUCUUCAUAGGCA